UGCGAGCGAGAAAGAAUAAAAGGAAAGAAGAUUUUCUCUAUGUAUAUAAAGAUGGCCACGUUAGCAAACGGACAGGCUGACAACGCGAGCCUCAGUACCAACGGGCUCGGCAGCAGCCCGGGCAGCGCCGGGCACAUGAACGGAUUAAGCCACAGCCCGGGGAACCCGUCGACCAUUCCCAUGAAGGACCACGAUGCCAUCAAGCUGUUCAUUGGGCAGAUCCCCCGCAACCUGGAUGAGAAGGACCUCAAGCCCCUCUUCGAGGAGUUCGGCAAGAUCUACGAGCUUACGGUUCUGAAGGACAGGUUCACAGGCAUGCACAAAGGUGAGGCCUUUGUCUGCUACUGUGAAAGAGAGAGCUCCCUCCCAGCCCAAGUCUGCUCUGCCCUCCACAGCUGCCCCAGCCUUCCUGAAACUGGACGGCCCAUCAGGGCAAGGCCAUCUAUGGGGAGGGGGAGGGGAGGCAGAAACAGGCAGAAGGAGCCACCAGCCCAAGAUAGAAAACUCUUCGUGGGCAUGCUCAACAAGCAGCAGUCCGAGGACGACGUGCGCCGCCUCUUCGAAGCCUUCGGGAACAUCGAGGAGUGUACCAUCCUGCGCGGGCCGGAUGGCAACAGCAAGGGGUGCGCCUUUGUGAAGUACUCCUCCCAUGCCGAGGCACAAGCCGCAAUCAACGCUCUGCACGGCAGCCAGACUAUGCCGGGAGCCUCAUCCAGUCUGGUGGUCAAGUUUGCCGACACCGACAAGGAGCGCACGAUGCGGCGAAUGCAGCAGAUGGCCGGCCAGAUGGGCAUGUUCAACCCCAUGGCCAUCCCGUUUGGGGCCUACGGCGCUUACGCACAGCUGAUGCAGCAGCAAGCGGCACUAAUGGCGUCAGUCGCACAGGGCGGCUACCUGAACCCCAUGGCUGCCUUCGCCGCCGCCCAGAUGCAGCAGAUGGCGGCCCUCAACAUGAAUGGCCUGGCGGCCGCACCCAUGACCCCAACCUCAGGUGGCAGCACCCCUCCGGGCAUCACUGCACCAGCUGUGCCUAGCAUCCCAUCCCCCAUUGGGGUGAACGGCUUCACCGGCCUCCCCCCACAGGCCAAUGGGCAACCUGCCGCGGAAGCUGUGUUUGCUAAUGGCAUCCACCCCUACCCAGCACAGAACACAACAGAGGCAACAGAAAUGGGCCAAGCCUUUGCCCCAGUCCAGCUUCCCCAGGUUGCUUCAGCCGCCUACCCUGCUGCCUAUGGUCAGAUAAGCCAGGCCUUUCCUCAGCCACCUCCAAUGAUCCCCCAGCAACAGAGAGAAGGUGAUCCUGCUGGUGAUGCCAUCUGGAUGCUGUACCAUCUAGCUCAGGCUUGGGGCUCAGCAGCCCUCGUCCCUCGUGUCUCGCCAGGCUUCGUGAGCUUCGACAACCCGGCCAGCGCGCAGACCGCCAUCCAGGCCAUGAACGGCUUCCAGAUCGGCAUGAAGAGGCUCAAGGUGCAGCUGAAGCGGCCCAAAGACGCCAAUCGCCCAUACUGA